AUGUUUAUUCUGACGAAUCUAUUUUGUUAUGUAGAAUACUGUGAUAUCUUCUUGACACACGACAGUUCGUCUGUACGAAAAGCCCAUAAUGCAGGAAAGAAUCAUGUGCUGAACGUCCGAAAUUAUUAUGCAGAGAUUGGCCAAGACAAGGCCCAGGCCAUCAUUGAUGAAAUCACCAAAGCUUACGAGAAUUCAGCAUCAGGUACGGAACGAAUGGAUCACGAGGAAUGA